GAAGAAGUGACGCACUUCCUCUAGCCCAGCAGCACCCCCUGGUCAUGUUGGUGUCCUCAGAGAAGAAAAGACUCAAACUUUAAGGCACAGUGUUGAAGACAGCCAGCCAGCCAGCCAGCCAGCCCAGGAACACAGCAGCUAGUGAAGUGACUGGUUAAACUGUGUUCACCUUUAAGAGCAGAGCUGAUUAUAAUCUCCAGGUCUAGCAGCUUCAGAAGACAACACCACCAUGGCUAAAGUACAAGUGUUAAACGUCGCUGUGCUGGACAACCCGAGCCCGUUUGGAAACCCGUUCCAGUUUGAGAUCACCUUUGAGUGCAUGGAGGAUCUGCCUGAAGAUCUGGAGUGGAAGAUCAUCUAUGUGGGUUCAGCUGAGAGCGAGGAAUACGACCAGGUUCUGGACUCUGUUCUCGUUGGCCCCGUACCGGCUGGCAGACACAUGUUUGUGUUUCAGGCUGAUGCUCCUAACACAGGGCUGAUUCCAGAGAGUGACGCCGUAGGAGUGACUGUAGUCCUUAUAACCUGCACCUACCGUGGACAGGAGUUCAUUCGCAUUGGUUACUAUGUCAACAAUGAAUACACAGACCCUGAACUACGGGAAAACCCACCUCUAAAACCAGACUACACUCAGCUCCUGAGGAAUAUUUUGGCCUCCAACCCCCGUGUCACCCGUUUCCAUAUCAACUGGGAGGGCUCGGCAGACAAGAUGGAGGACAGCGAGAACGUUGACCCGUCCCCCAACAUCAGCGGCAUGCUCCCUCCGUCCUGUAUACCAGGAAAGAUUCCACCUCUCGGGCUGAUGCCGGACAACUCCAUGGACUGCAUGUAAGAAUCAUCAGAUUAAGAUAAUGGACAAGGAGCUCUUCUUAUCUGUACACACUUCACCUACAAUGAAAACACACAUUUGGACAAGGAGGCCGUGGAUGUAUCUACCUAACAUGUGGACAUUAACAGGAAGCAGGCAUAUGGCAGCAGGGACAUUAUUUUUAUACAACAUACACAAAAGGGAUGGAUCGGAAACUGUUUUUGUCUCCUGUGCACUCUCUUUCAACACAACACAGGCCUGCACAACCAGCAUUGCCUUAUUUUACCGUAUCUUUGUCUUAGAUAAUGUCAAAGCUGAGCCAGAGAGAAAAUUUGAGUCAUCAGGGUGGGGCGAUCUUAAGACCGCCGUAUCCUCACAGCCCUGAGACCUGCAAGUCAUACUCAUACACUGAUGUGACCUGUUUGGUACCCAUACCGUGCUGCUCAUUUUGUCCUUUUGAGCACAGAUCAAAGCUAUGAGCAGUGCUCUGUAUGUCAGAAUAGAUGUAGCACUAGCUGCUUAUAAUAAAGCAUUACAUUGUUCUGAAGGUUUGUCUCAUCUGAUGUAAAUUUGUAGCAUCUGGAGUACCUGUGGAAAACAUCUUGGGAUUAAAGUAUGGGCCAUGUUCAGGGGCCUGUUGCAACAAGUAGCUUUUAUUUACAGAUAGCUUGAUAGAUUAUGCAGAGCACAACCUUGUGUUUGCAAGUUUUACCCUUGGUCUCUUAUCCAGAUAAAUCUGUAAACCUGCCUCUUCAAACAGGCCCCAGUUCAGAUAAUGUUCUUUAAAUUGUUACAUAAACACGUAGGUAAAGGAAACGAGGGACAAAUGGAUUCCGUGUUGCAGUCAAGUUGUUUGGAUGGUUUAGGCUUACUGUAAAUAAUGUUUUCCCAGCGCUUAUUUUGUCUUCAAGAAGACAAGGCAUAUUUUCUUUUUGUACUUACUAUAUAUUCUCUGCCUCAGUAUUUGUAGCAACAGUGAUGGGGUUAAUAAAGAUUGUUUUGUGGACCUA